AUGCAUCUUCAUCAAGUUUUAACUGGUGCAGCUAAUAUAAACGAUUUCAGUUUUGCAAUCGGUAGUAUUGAAAGUUUACAUUUUGCUGCAUACGCUGCUGGAUAUAAUGUUGUAAUAUUAUCGGGAGAUUUUCAACGUGUGCAAGUAAUACCUGGCAGUGAACAUGACAACUGUUUAAUAACGUGCGUUGAUUGCACAAAUGAAACAGGCAAAAUUAUUGCUGCCUAUAACAAUCAAGUUUGCAUUUAUGAGCCAACACCAACUGUUCAUAAUCUUUCUCAUCGUUUAAAUUAUCAAUGGAUACAAACAUGUAAAUUAUCAUGUUGUGAAAGUUCAAUAACAGCAUUAACAUGGAGUCCAAAAGGUGAUCAGUUCAUUGUUGUGUGUGAUUCAACUUUACAAUUAUGGGCAUAUGGCAAUGAUGAGGCAACAGAAUCAUUAAAAAUACCAACAAAUGUUCAGUUUGGUCUUGAUGUUGAAUUGGAACAGAAGUUAGCACCACUAGCACAAAAAACCUGGAAAGAUAUUUGGAGUUACAAACUGCCAACUCCAAUCAAACACGUGGUAUAUUCAAGUGACGGAACAUUUUUUGCUACAAUCGGACAAAAUGAUCGUUUAGUUCGUGUUUGGUAUCGAGCAACACCAGCCAUCGAUAGAUCUUUCAUUUAUACAUAUUUGGCUCAUCCUCGUCCUGUUAUCAGUAUAUCAUGGCGUAAAACGUCAAAAUUUUUUUCCGAAGGAACAUUAUCAAAUUGUUUAAUAACAUGUUGUAAAGAUAAUAUAUGCCGAAUAUGGUGUGAAACAAUAAAACAAGAAGAUUCAUUUAUGACCGAUUUAUCUCAAGUGCGUGUUAGUCAAAAACGUUACCAUGAAGUUUUAGAUAAAGGAGUACAAAAACUUUACAAAAUGAGAUACAAUUACUUUAUUCCUGUUCCAUCGUUACCCAAUCAACCUCUACAUGAUUUAUCCUCCCAUACAUCUGUUGAUCAGUUGAAUAAUGAUGAAAAUACUAUUUCUGCAACACCUGUGAUAACUAAUGAUGAUAAUAAUCAACCAACGCCUCCGUUCAAUAUUUCACAUUCAUUGUCUAGUUUCUCAUCAUCAUCAUCAUCUUCGAUUGCUUCAAUUGCGCUUCCUUCCUCGUUGUCUGCGACACAAUCCUUAGCUAGUAAUAUUGUUCGUUUUCACGUAGCAACAACAAUUAAUCCAUACACUGAUAUUUUACUAUCACCCAAUGUUCUCCCACACAAAGAUUAUCCAUUUAUUGUUCAAUGGCUUAAUAAUAAAGACUUAUUUAACACGUUAUCUAUUGAACGUUUUGUUUAUGAUAUGCAAAAGAUGAGUAAAUUUCGUUAUGAUCUUGAUAAAAGCAGUAAUGUCGGUAGUGUUAAUACAGAUGUUGACGAUAAAAAUAGUAAUGAUACACAAACUGGCAGCCGAAGACAUCCACCGAUAUUUGGAAGAACCAGCAUCAUCAGUGAUUCUAAGCAUUUUCUUGGCAUCCGUACAAAAUUACAAUCUGUAAUCAAUGAUUGGAUAACAAGUCCUGAUGUCUUAUUUAGUAUUCAUCCGGUUGAUGGUAGUCUUUUAUUAUGGAUUGUGGAUUGGCUUGAUCAACCAAUACUCUCUUCUUCGCUGUCGUUACCAUUUAAAUCAAUCCACAUGUCAUCUUAUCCAAUACUUCAUCGUCAAGUACAAGUCAGCUUUUCAGCAAAAAUUCCGGAUGUAUUUCCUAUGGGUGAUGCAUUAUCACUUCGUCCAUAUUUAGUAUUAUUUUGUGAUCAUUAUCCACCACCAUCACUCGCUCUAAGUUAUGAUUCAACAGAGCUUGUCAAACGAUCGUCAAAUAAUAAUAGUACAAAUGACCGAGAACAGUUAUUACCACUCGUCAAUAUGGUUACAAAACAUACCAAUGGCACACUCAACUUAUGGUCACUAACGUUCACCAACGAACAAAAGUUUCAAUCUCUUGUUUGUGUAUCACAUUUAGCUCGAAUGUGUGGACAUCAUUUUUCCAUUCGACACGUUGUUUGUCAUCCAAUUGUACCACUCGUAUUAACAAGUUCAUGUUAUUAUUCAAACGAUGAUGAAGCAAUAUCUCUCAAAAAUAAAAAUUAUAAUAGCUCAUUGAUCUUAUGGAGCACAGAACCAAUUGGGCCAAUGUCAAAAACGGGUGGUAUUACAGAAUUAGCUAGGAUGGAAUCCAUUUAUCAAAAUGCUUAUAACUUAAUUGCAUGGUUCCCAAUGGUUAUUCCAAGUAUGGCAACAACUAUUUUACGAGACUCUCCUAGUUUCUUGUUUAUAGCAUCUGAUGGUAAAAAACUACGUAUAUAUAAAGUUAUUUGGAACGCAAAAGCAUUAUUGACCAGUCAAUUUGGCGAGCCUAAUUCUCCUAGUCAUAUUAAUAGUUCAGAUAAUCCACGAGGAAACACGACAGAUCAAUUAAAAAUUGCUAGUAUUCAAUCCACAGCUCGUCCAAGUUGUGUGGUCGAUUUAGCGGAAGUUACAGAUUCACAAUGUAUUUGGCGAAACGCAAAAUUAAUUCAUAUAUUUCCAGAAAGUGCAAUCGAUUAUAGUACACAAUCACCAUCGUCUUUUCGUUCAAAAUCUAUAACAAAAAAACUCUAUUAUCUGGUAUUAGUAGAAAAAGUAGAAACAAAACAAAGUCGUAUACAUAUGUGGGAAAUUAUAAUUACUUAUCCUGCUGAUGAGAAUGAAUCAAUUAUUGCUGAUAUUACCGAUGACACAAGACAAGAACCAAAUUUGAUUACUGAUGUGCGAAGUACGAAGGUUAGUGACUAUGUUUUACCGGUACCGACAGAUGCUGAAUUACAAUCUGUUGAUGUAUCAUUUGGUGAUUUAAGUUCAAGUUCACUAUGUUACUGUGAUUCAUCAUCAUCAUCUCCAUAUUUACUUACAACAAUUCAUAGUGAUGGUAUUGUACGUUUCUGGAACUGUACAAAACAGGCCGCGUUAACUUCUAGCCAUAUAUUGUAUGAAUGGAAUGAAUGGUGUGGUAUUCUAACGUAUUGUGAAAAAAGCACAAGAUUAAGUAUUAUUGGGUUACCAUUGUGUGUGAGUAAUGCUUAUUGUGGACGAUUAGCGGUUGCUUUUAAAUCCCAAAAUAGAAUAAAUAUUGGAAUUUAUGAAUGUGAAUCAACAGGUGGUACGUUAUGGAAGCAUGAAGAAAUUAUUAAUGUAAAUAAUGAUGAUGAUCAUUCACAAAAACAAUUGUCAAAACGAUUUAUUCAUCUUGAUUGGGCAUCAAUUGAAAAUGGAUCACAUUUACUAGCUGCUUGUAUUGGUCAUCGUAUAUUAUUAUUUUCAGCAGCCUAUUCUUCUUCAAAAACAACUAAAACAGCAACAUUACAACGUAGUACAAGUAUAUCAUCGCUAGAAGAUAAUACCACAAAUUGGAUUCAAUUUCGAACAAUUAAUCUAAGCUAUGUUGAUGGAAAACCAGCAUUUCCAGUACGUUUGAAAUGGGUCAGAGGUGGAUUAUUAUUUGUUGGUUUAGAUAGUGAACUACAAGUAUACUCACAAUGGUCAUCAUUAGAUAAUAAAAAGAUGAAUCAAUUAAAAGAACAGCAAAACCUAUUACAACCGUUAAUCAAGACAAAACAGCAUAAAAAACAACUAAAAAAAGCAUUGACAGCUACCGAUCUUAGAAAACUGUCCAUAUCUGAUAAUGAUCAUUCAUCUUCAGCAAAUAAUAUGCUAAUUCAGAAACAACAACCACGACAACACCAACAAAAACCACAAAAUAAAUCACCACAAACAUUGUCAUGGUUAACAUUGGAUACUAUUGAUAAUUUAGGAUUAUUUAAUGCAGCUAGAAAUGCUGCUCCCGUUUUACCACAGUAUCAUCCAAAAUUAUUACUUGAAUUAGUUCGUUUUGGUAAAUACCGUCGCGUUAAAGCAAUUUUAGCUCAUUUGACAAGAUGUGUGAUCCGUUCUGUACAUAGUGUUGAAAGUAAAGUCGAAAUGAAAUUAAUGCGUACAAGAACAUUUUCAAUAGCAAAUAGUGAAAAUAAACCAAGUGGUGUCACUGAAUUGGAACCAGCAAAAUACAUCGAAAUUGAUUCAAUUCCGCUAUUACCAUUGUUUGCAUUGUUUGUAGCUGAUAAUGAAACAUCGAGUUUAACAGAUGAUGAAAAUAAUAAAACAAAUGGAGAGAGGGAUGGUGAUAUUGAUUUUGAUAAUUAUAAUGAUAUAAAUAAAAAAUAUGAUGAUCUAUUUGCAACAGCGGUACAUAGUGAAGUUGAAUUCAAAUUCGACGAAGAGAAUGAUAAUGAAAGGAAAUAUCGAAAAGAAUUGGAUAAAUUGAAAAAAGAAAUUCUUUCUAAUCGUAAUUGGUCAGCAUCUUCUUUGUGUAUAUUCGAUAAACGAAUGGUUGAUUUACUUGUUGACUAUUUUCAACGUAUUAGAUUAACGAGUCUUACUGGUACGGAUCAAAUGUAUCUAUUGGCAUUAGCAGAUACAUUGGCUACAGUGGGAAAUGAAAAUGCCACUAGAAAUGAAUAUGCUAUGGAUGAUUGUGGACUUCGAUUUUUGAUUGAUGUUAAACGUUAUAUUUAUUUGUCUAAAAUACUCUCGCCAUCGCAACGUUCAACUCUGUUCAAACACACUAUUACUAGUGCAUCGUUUGCAUGGGCAUUUCAUUCUGAUUUACAAGAAGAUCUACUUGCUCUAUUACCAUCAAUAGAAAAAGGAAAACCUGAUUGGAAUGAAUUAAAAUUAUUUGGUGUAGGAUGGUGGAUUCGAAAUCGAAGUGUUAUUACACGAUUAUUCGAAAAGCUUGGUAAAACAGCAUUUGAACAAAACAAUGAUCCACUUGAUGGUGCAUUAUAUUUUUUAGCAUUGAAGAAAAAAAGUUUUCUAUAUAAUUUGUACAAACAUGUUCAAGAUACUAAAAUGCAAGAAUUUUUUAAAAAUGAUUUUACCGAAGAUCGUUGGUUAAAAGCGGCACAAAAAAAUGCCUUUGCUCUAUUAGGAAAACAACGAUUUGAACAUGCUGCUGCCUUUUUUCUGUUAGGUGGAAAAGUUCAUGAUGCAAUUGAGGUAUGUAUUAAUAAUUUACAUGAUAUACAAUUGGCGUUAUUGAUAGCACGUUUAUAUGAAAAUGAACAACCAUCAUCGUCGUUUGUUGAUUAUCUAUUGAAAACACAAAUAACGACUUCACCUGAUCCAUUCGUGCGUAGUAUGGCUCAUUGGUUAUUAAAAGAUUAUGAUCAAUCAUUAACAACAUUACUUCAACAACCGAAUCUUGAAUCAAUAACAAAAUACAAUAGUAUCUAUCCAGUACCGUUCGAUUAUGAUACAGUAAAACAGUCGAUAUUUAUAUUCUAUGAUUAUCUCAGACAACAUCCUCUUAUAUUACGUGCAAAACAAUUGGCAACAGCAACAAUAGAUGAACAUGAUACAACACGUUUUGCUAUUGAACGACGACUACACUUUCAGACAGCUUAUCAUUAUAUUAAUGAAGGUUGUCCAUUAUUAGCAUUAGAAAUAUUAGCAAAAUUAUCACCAUUUAUUGAAUCGGAAUCAACAACAACAACAACAGCAACAGUCAUAUCGAACAAUGAAAGAACAAAUGGAAUAGAAACAAAUGGAGACUCUAUGGAUUGGAGUAAACCAGUGACAGAAAAUAAGGAUGAUGAUGAAUUAAAGUUGGAUUGGGAUGAUGAUGAAAAUGAGAAUGAAGAAAAAGUUGAGGAAAAACAAGUGUUGAAAGAAGAAAAAAUAAUUACAGAGAAAAAUACAUCUAGUUUUCAACAGUUUGAUAAAGUUGGACAAUACAUCAAAUUAAUAUGUUGUCUAAAAAUAGUUGUGGAAGAAAUGGCUACAUUGGCAACUGGUUUUGAAGUUGUUGGUGGACAAUUGAGACAUCAUUUAUAUUGUUGGCUUGAACAAGAAAUAAAAAUUAUUCGACAACUAUGCGGUAUGGGGUUAAACCGAGAUGGUGAGAAUAGUGGAGGUGGUGAUGGUCUGUCAGAAGUUUUGAACGAACCGAUAUUAUUUGACAUGGGAAUGAAUGAUGAUAACACUGAAAAUGGUCAGAUACCGUAUCAAUCUUCGACACCAUCGUCACUCAUUCGUACUAGUCACUUGGAAACAAAAUUUAAGCGAAUAAUACGUCGACGUCAAUGGUUAAAAUCAAAUGAGCAUCUUCUACGAACAUUGGUGUCCUUUACAACGUUACAUGGAAUGCAAGGAGGUGGUUUAGCAUCUGUUCGUAUGGAAUUGUUGCUUUUAAUGCAAGAGUUAACAUGUCAAACACGUACACAAUUAAAAUAUCCAAUACCUUAUCCAACUAAUGUUCCAUUAUUAACAGCUAAUCUAUCAUUUUCUUUAAGUGUAAGCAAUAAUUCAAUUGGUUAUGUACGAGAUGUUACCUAUGAUAUAUUGCGAACAAUGAAUGACUGGCCAACAUUACCGACAUUACAUGAGAAUGCCUAUAGAAUUGUUGCAUUGAGAGAUUUAGCAAUUGCUCUGUCGAGUUCUAUAUAUCAGUCAUUAUGUAGUACCAAUGAAAAUCAAACAACAGAACGAUUAGCUGUCGAAUCAUUUCUAAGAUCGUAUUUAUAUCGUCGUGAUUCAAUACGUUUCCAUCGUCGAAAAAGUGUCACAUCAUUAAUUGAACAUGAUUCACCCACAACUGCACCGAAAGAUUGGCCAGGUAUAAAAAUGUUUAUUAGCAUGAUAAAAGAACAAGAUAACGAUACUCCAAAAUUAAAAACGCUUCUUGUUGAAAUACUUGUAUCUGUUUAUAUGUCAUUGCUUAUUUAUGCAUUAUCAACAGAUGAUUGCAGUACGUUAUAUCGUCUCAUUGUACGAAAAUGGUCUUUACCUGAACUAGCUAUUAAAUUAUGGUAUGGAGUAUUUGGUGGUGGUGCAAAAAGACAAUUAACACCUUCUCCAAAUCCCAUUAUAUUUGAAAAAAUACCUGAAACAACUGAAUUAUCGUCAUCUCCAACAAAUAAUCGUCCAUCUGGUAGUACAUAUGUGGAUAGGAUUUUACCAUCACAAUCACUCCAACAAUCAUCAAAACCACCUUAUGUAGAAAUGUUUAUACCACCACGUGCAAGUAUUGUCAAUUAUUUUAUGGCAAAAAUAUCAUCUGAAGUCAAAAAUUAUAAUUAUGAUUCCGAUAAUGAAGACGAAAUUGACGACGGCGAAGAUGAAGAAGAUGCUAACGAUGAAGAAAAAACUGAGAAUUCUUCAAAAAAAAUACAAUCACGUGAACAUUCUGAUUCAAUGUCCUAUUCGUGGAUAUUGAUGCGUUUUGCUAUCGUUCGUUUGGUAGAACAACGAUUAUGGUUAUUUUUUCCCAAUAUUGGAAUUGAACAUCAAGAAAUACCCAUAUUAUCACCAUUACUACAACAAUUUCUUCAAAAUUUAAAUCAAUGGCAAGAAUCAUUGCGUCGAACAUUAGAUGCAUUUGAUUCUCCACCCGAUAACUACUUACCAUUGAGUACAAUUGAUUCAACGAGUGAUGAUUAUCGUAUCAUGUUAGAGCCAGACAAUACACCAUUUUCUGAAUCAUUAUCUGCAUUGCCAGUAAAGCGUUUAUGGAAUUAUCUAGUCAAUGAAGAACAAUUACAAAAUAUAUUUAUUAAAUAUAUAUUUAAACGAAAAUCAGCAGUAUCAACUUCGAUCACUAGUGUAGAUAAGUACAAUGGUCGACUUACUGACAGUAGUAUCACCGACAGUGGAUUACCAGCUGGAAAAAUUAUUUAUCGCGCUUCUGAAUCAAUUAGUUCAUUUUGUUUAAAUAAUCUAAGUCCAAGUUUAAUAGCAGUUGGUCUAUUGAAAGAAAUUAUUGAACUUGAUAUUUCAAAUUUGACAACUACAACGUCAUCCUUUCGAUUAACCGAAUUUGCAGAUGACGACAAUGAAAUACCAUUGACACCAACAACACCUUUAACAUUAAUGACGACUGAUCCAACAUCGAGAGCACGUUCGUUACGCAUGUCAGCGGGUAUUUAUCUGCCAAAUAGUUAUUUAACUCAACCAACAGCUGGCGCCAAUGGAAAUAAUGGAAAUAGUGCUGAGCAACUGAUUUGUCGACAUGCGAUAAGAGAUACUGUGCGUUUUGCAAAUCAUCCUAUACUUCCACACUAUCUAUGUGGUUGUAAUGAUGGCAGUGUAUAUUUAAUGAAUUGGAAUCAAGAUUCACAACCACGACAAGUUCGUGAAUCAACAAAACGUGUUACAAAACUUGAUUUGAACUGUGAAGGAAAUAAGUUUGGUAUUGCUGAUGCUGAUGGUUAUUUAUCUCUGCAUGUUUUGACAAACAAUCGAUCGUCAGCGUAUAUGCGUUUCAGUGCACAUUCCAAAUCGACAAAUGAUUUUACCUUUCUUGAUUCAUCAACAGUGAUUGCAACAGCUGGUACUGGGCAUGAAAAUCAAAAUGUUUGUUUAUGGGAUACACUUAUGCCAACGACACGAAUGAAUAUCGCAUCUUUUCAAUGUCAUGAAGUUGGUAGCGGUGCUCAAUGUUUAGUUUAUUCUCAAUCUCAUCAUUUACUAAUAACUGGUGGAAAACGUGGUGAUAUUUGUAUAUUUGAUCUUCGACAACGACGUCGUUUAGCUACGAGUCAAGCACACGAUUCACAUUUAAAAGCAUUAGCAUUAGAUCCAUAUGAAAAAUUUUAUGUUACCGGUUCAACGGAAGGAAAUAUUAAACUUUGGCGUAUUCAUGGCUGUGAAUUAGUCCAUUGUUAUUAUAAUGAACAUUCUCGACGUGGUUUUUUACAUUCACAAAUAAGUGGUGUUAAUCAUUUAGAAGUAACAUCGACAAGACAUUUAUUUUCAUCCGGUGCUGAUGGUUCAUUAGUUGUUCGACAACUUACACAAUUUGAUUAA